AUUUAAUUUCCACUCCUAUUUGGCAUGAGAGUCAAAAUAAAAAAACCAUUUCAAAAUCCACACCGAAUAACUUUCCUUCCAAGUUCUCAAAUCGUCCUUACAUCUAUGUACUGUCCGUUUUUAUAUAUACAUACAUACAUAUAUAUAUAUAUAUACAGAGAGAUGUGUAUCUGCAGACACUGAAACCAGAUUGUAAGUGAAAAGGGUAGAAAGGUGAGGAAGAAGGGAAAAAACCCAGAGAGAAGGCGUGUAUAUAUAUAUAUAUAUAUAUAUACAGACACAUACACGCGCAUAUAUGGAGGAUUGCGUGAAGGUAUGUACAAAAAAGCUGGCACUCUGGCACACGCGCACCUUCAAACCCCUCAUUGUUCAUGACGACCUCGAACCCAUCAUGGCCACUAUCGGCUUCGUUGCCGUUCCUCUUUCACCGGCGCAGCCCAACUGCGGUGGCGACACCUCCACCGCCACCGCCCAAUGGAAGGAGUACAUGUAUUCAGCGGGUUGGUGGCGGAAUGAGUCGCCGCAAGAGCCACCACCGCCGAGUCCCCGACUUCCCUACCCAAGACUGGACGGACUCCACAUCUCCAUCUAUAGAAAUUUCUUGGAUGUCCUCAACUUCUACAUCCAGAUGCCUGACAUCUCUGAGCUAUUCCACAUUCGGGGAAUGCCACUCAAUCGUGUUCACGACCUAAAAGUUGUGUGGAAACGUAUGGAAAAAGAGGACGAUGUGUUCGUUUAUAGAGCAGGAACACUGGACCAGAAAAUAUACGAUUUAUAUCUCAAUAACAAGAAUGACAACGAUAGCAGCAGCAGCAGGAAAGAGAGAAAUUCAGUUCUUAUUGGAGACAAUGGCAAGGAUACACCUGCCACCUGCAUUGUUCCACUGAAAGAUAUCAUCGUGGAGUGGUCACGACAGAUCCCCUGAUUAAUCACCAAGCCUGUCAUGAGAGAAUUCAAUUGCUUCUCUAAAUUGGGUGAAAAAAGUCCAUACCUGUAA